AUGCCUACAGAAUUUGAAAACGCUUGGCAAAAUCUACUUGACAAAUACAAUCUGCACGAUGAUCCCAUGAUGUUGCAGCUCUGGGAAAUCAGGGAGGAGUGGAUCUCAGCCUAUUUCAAGAACGUCUUCUGCGCAAGAAUGACAUCUACUCAGCGCUCAGAAAGCAUGAAUGCAUCCCUAAAGCGUAGUCUGUUAAAUGAGAAGCUCAGUCUGAACCGUUUUGCAGAACAAGUUACCAAACUAAUAUUCCAAAGGAGACAGGCAGAAAAUUUAAAGUCAUAUGCAAUACAGUCAAAAACAAAUAAGAGAACCCAUUAUGGAUUUGAGCAUCAAUUCCAGCAACUUUAUACGAAGACUGUUUUCAAAGAGUUGCAGGCUCUGCUGAAGAAAAGCACACUCUUCCGCAUAAAACCAAACCCAGACUACCCUGAACUUGAUGAGUACAAUUAUCUGGUGACCUAUCACCAACCAACGACCGACUUUUCUUGGUCAAACCAUCAGUUCAGAGUACUUGCAGAUCCUAUUGGAUGCGAAUACAGGUGCGAGUGUCUGCUAUGGGAACACACAGGACUGUUCUGCCUACAUGUUUUAUGCCUGCUGGACCACCUGAGGGUUGAUAGCAUUCCACUCAGUUACAUACUAAGGAGGUACACUAAUGGAGCGCGACAUAGAGGAACUUUUGAUAGGAGAGAUUACAAGACACAAGCUUCUGAUGGAACCUCGUAUCUGUACCAGCAGAAUGAAGUACUACAGCUGGCUAUGAAAGUUGUUAGGAAAGCAACAUGCUCAGAAGAACAGCGGGCAAGAGAAAAAGUUGGUCUGCAGUCACUGUAUGACGAACUUGAUGCAAUGGGUUCGUCAACACCAGAUAAUGAUGAAGAUGGUUCAGGCCAGUGCCCAGAUAUUGAUGAGUUUGAGCCUGAAGAAACUCACUUUUGGACAGAAAACCAACAGACAUAUCCUGAUUGUCCUAACCAGCAAGAUGAUCAGCCUGACAACGAUGGUAACAGUAUGCCGCAGAGGGUUAUACUACCACCACCUAAGUCCAAAACUAAAGGAAGCAGGAAUAAAGAACCUGGUGGCUCUAAACCUCCAGGAGCUAUGAAGAAAAAGGUGCAGAAGACUGUGAAGAGGGAAGGGAAGAACACUUGCAGGGAUACAGAGGAGGAUUAA